AUGGCCAGUUCACCGCAGGCUACGGCUUCCAGCGCCAGCUCCACACUCUCGCCGCUCCGGGAAGACCUGGUCAGCCAGGAAGAAAGCAGCGUCCGGCGGGGGAGGGUAUCAGGCGGGCGGGGAGGACGCGCCCUCGAAAUCGCGGCUCUCUCCUCGGCAGGAGGCGUCUGUCACAGCGCUGCCCUGGGGCAGGUAGUCGCAGCCCUGAAGGACAACCCGAGAAGGAACACGUUUCUCCUUCUCGCCCGGCUGCUGCCCGCCGCGGCCCCGGCUCUGCUGGGGCACGGCCACGGGCAGGUGCAGCGCCCCGCCAAGUUCGCACUCACCGCGGGCUGCGGAGGGGGCGCGGGCUGCUCGACGCGCGGCUCCGGGGCCAGGAGGCGGCCGCACUGCCCGGCUGCGGGCUACGCUGCGCCGGCCGCCACUCCGCCCGCCCAAAGGUGCCUCAAGUUCCAGCCGUCGCUGCCGCCACCUCACAGCGCGGUCCCAGUCAGCCCCAUCUCCUUCCUGCCGGCGCGGCCGCUCGCCGCCGCCAUGACAGCGCGGAGCCCCCGGAGCGCCUGCGCGGGCCGGGCGCGGGCGGGGCCGCGGCGCGGGGCGGGAGCCGCGGGCUGCGCACGCCCAGUGGUGGUUUUGGAGAAGGGGGAAACAAAGAGACCCAAUGCGAACAGCGGGCCCUCAGCCGGGCGCUCUGCGUUCGCGGACACUCUCCGGAGGAAAAACGCAGCCGUGCGGGAGAAGAGGUUGUUUGGAUGGCCCAGCUCCGGCUCCUGCCACCGCCAGAACGAUCCCGGGGAGUCGGGUGAAAAGCCUGUGAAGGCGGCGCCCGUUGUUUCGGUUUCUCAGAGCCGCUGUCACAGCCGCUCCCCAGCCCUAAAAAAGUCUCCCCAAAGGGGCGGCACUGCCAAAACCCGGUGCUCCGAAGCCCCCGCCGAGCCCCGGCGUGGGUGGCAGAACCUCCACGUACAGCAAGGGUAAAGCACGAGAACUGCUGCCCUUUUUGUGCUAUCUCCUAGGGUGAUGUGAGCUAUAAAUAGGCAUCAAUCCCACCCUGUCUCCUUUGUUUGACCUUUUACUUGAAUUUAUUUUAUGUUAAUCUGAGUAUCUGUUAAUAAAGAAGUGAAAGGGUCUGCUGGUCCAAACUCUUCUUUCAAGCAGUCUUCAACCGUGCAUUUUUAAGAGGACUGCUUGAGGAUUAGACACACUCCUAAAGGCUGUAUGGUCUUAUACCAGCUGUUUAACACACAGA